AUGGCAAACAUGAAACUAGUUGCAUUAGCAGUUGGUUUCCUCAUCUUGAACCUUUCUGGUCACUGCUAUGGUGCUCUUCAGUUCGGGUUCUACAAGGGCAAGUGCCGUACCACGGAUGUUGAAGACAUUGUUAGAAGAACCGUCUUCUCCAAGUUUCAAAGCGACCGUUCCAUCACACCCGCUCUAAUUCGCAUGCAAUUCCAUGAUUGCUUUGUUAGUGGAUGCGAUGCGUCACUCCUUCUAAACGGAACAAACACAGAGAGAACCGCACCACCAAAUCUAAGUGUUAGAGGCUACAAUGUAAUUGAUGCCGUGAAAGCAGCAAUAGAAAAGGUGUGCCCAGGCGUGGUUUCUUGUGCUGAUAUUAUCAUUAUGGCUACAAGAGAUGCGGUUUCCUUUAGCGGUGGAGGUAGAUACAAUGUGCAAACUGGGAGAAGGGAUGGAACUGUGUCUCUUGCCCAAAAUACGCGAAGCCUUCCCCCUCCUUCUAUAUCAGUGUCCGGUGCCAUUAAAGCUUUCGCUGCUAAGGGACUCUCCACUACUGACAUGAUAUGGCUUCUUGGUGGUCACAGUGUUGGAGUUGCUCAUUGUGCAUUAUUUCAAGAUCGUCUAUAUAACUUCAAGAACACUGGAAAACCAGACCCGACAAUGGACCCAACGCUGUUAAAGACGUUGAGGCUAACAUGUGUUCAAAACGCAACCAUUGAUCGCACCGUCAACUUGGAUCAAAACCUGCAAAGCUCUAGAAUCGUAGACAACUCUUACUACAAACAAAUAACGAUGCGUAGGGGCAUUCUCCAGAUCGAUCAAGAACUGGCGUUGGAUCCUUUGAGCAAGUCGACGGUUGCAGCCUUUGCGAGCUCAUCUGAUUUCAAGGCUAGGUUUGGUCAAGCCAUGGUCAAGAUGGGUGCCAUUCAAGUCCUUACAGGAACAAAAGGGGAGAUAAGGAAUUCAUGCCAAGUAGUCAACCAGAAGAAAGUGUGGUGGAUUGUUAAGGAUACUCGAAGGUAUUCUGGAGUUGCACAAGUGGCUCUCAAUCAAGCAUCUAAAAGAACUAAAACAAGUAGCACAGGAGAAUACACUAGUUCUGCUUCCGAUGCCAACUUUGGAAUUUCACUUGAUAGCGACAAUGACGAUAUUCGGGAAGAACAAGUUCCAACUCCUCGUCCAAUGGGGAGGGACAAGGCCAAAUUAAAGGUUAGGCAAAAGGGAAAGGCCAAGGUUUCAAAUGAUUAUGAGGCAAUGAAGUUAAGCCUUAUUGAAGAUAUAACAGAAACUAAUCGAGCAAAAAAGGAGGCGAUUGAGCAAUUUGAUAAAAAAAUCGACAAGUUCUACUAG